CUGUUGGAUAUGAGAGCCAAGAGAAUGAAUCUGAUCCAGCACUGUGUGGAGGAGAAUCGAGCCAACAUCACGCGUCUGCGCGAAAAAGAUGCGCCGCUAGGAUUACGGGUGAUUCGGUCAGAACUGGACGUGGAAGGCAUCGUGAAUGAAAGAAGCGAAAAAGCAGUGCACGACCGGUGUAGGACUUUCUUAUGA